AUGGGCCCCUGUACCGCCUCCUCAUGCUGCUGCCAGGCCCGUAAUCUGCCAUGGGCCCCCGUACCGCCUCCUCAUGCUGCUGCCAGGCCCGUAAUCUGCCAUGGGCCCCCGUACCGCCUCCUCAUGCUGCUGCCAGGUCCAGAGUGUCUCAUGGGUCCCUGUACGGCCUCCCAUUGCUGCUGUCUCCAUCGCCACACUCUGCCAUGUGCCACUUUCAGGUCUCCUCACACUGCUGGUGGGUUCCAUUUUUGUCAUAGGGUGCUGUAUGGCCUCCCAUUGCUGCUGCCUCCACCGCCACACUGUGGCUCCACACUCUGGUUUUGGCCCCGUGACUGCCCAAAUGAGUGAAGUGUGCGGUGAUUCUAAGAUCGACGGCACUCAUCUGCAUGUCAUACUGACUGACAAUAUUAUUUCUCUUCCCCAGCAGACUCCAAGGGCAUUUAAAUUAAAGGUACAGUGUUCUGCACUAAUAUAA